CAGGUCUAGGGAGUUCUCAACAGUAACAAGAAUCCGGAAUGAUUUAUUAAUAACCUCUCACGUGAUAAUAGCUCUAUUCCUUAUCGACAGGAUACGUUAAUAUUAUUUUUAGGAAAAUCUAUUGUUUGUUUUAACUUAGUUUUUGUAGGCUAUGUGCUGUGUUUCCAUAAAUUUUAGAGAUAACCGUUAUCACUAGUCAUAUUCUGUAAUUGAACAAAUGCGUAUCGAUGGAUUUGAUAGCUUUCUGGAGUGUUGAUGUACACUAACUUAUAACAAAGUUACUUUUUUAUCUUUGAAAACAGUUUUGUUUUUUUUAUUCACGACAACUGAUAACAAGUUCAUCAAGGUUAAAAAGGUAACUAGUGGGCCUGCAAUGGGUAGCGGCGGGGCAGGGGAACAGCAGUUCUGUCUACGUUGGCACAACUACCAGAGCAGUUUGCUGGCGACGUUGCCACUUCUCCUGGACGGCGAUGACCUCACUGACGUCACACUGUGCGCCGGCGGAAAGAGUCUCAAGGCGCAUCGGGUUGUGUUGUCGGCCUGCAGUCAGUACUUCAAGGAUCUCUUCAAGGAGAUGCAACCACUACAGCACCCGGUAAUAGUGGUGCCAGGGGCCGAGUUCAAUGACCUCUGUGCGCUGGUGACCUUCAUGUACAGCGGGGAGGUCAACAUCUACCAGCAUCAGCUGAGCAGUCUGCUCACAAUGGCCGACACCCUCCACAUCAGGGGCCUCGCCGAGUUUACUGCCAAUCCGAGCUUCCUGAACAGCAGCGUCGGAGAUCAGCGCAAAUCGUCAGCUGCUGAGCCAGCAAACAAUCAGCCGCGCAGUAAGCGAGCCAAAAUGAUGACGUCAGCAACAGAAGAUCUCCUCCUCUUCCCGGCUGCCACCACCAAGCCACCCUCCUCCUCCUCCUCCUCACUGCUCCUCCAUCACUCUAGCCAUCAUCACAAACCAAAGACACAUAAGCCGGCUGUCAAGCCUGAUCCUGAGAUCAUCGCCUCAUACUGGGACACGUUCGGUCAGCAUAUGGCCGAAGAUUUGAGCCAAAGAGUGAACAGUAGUGGUGGCGGUAGCGGAUUGGUGGGAGUUGACGAAGGUCUCCUGCUGUCGUCUGCUGAUCUGCUGAUGAGUCAGCAGGAAAAGCAGCAUCAGCAGGUCAAACAGGAGCAACAGGAACAGGAUGGGGCUUCCCCCACCACACCCCCCGGCCCUCCCAGUACUACACCACCCGAUAACAACAACACAUACACACAGCCCACUGAUCUCACCCAAGGUAACAGUAUGGAACCAAAGCUACGCGGCUCUCAAAACUCUGGACCAGGAGCAGGUGGCGGCUCCAAGCUGUACGCCACCUGCUUUGUGUGCGGCAAACAGCUGAGCAACCAGUACAAUCUGCGCGUGCACAUGGAAACGCAUCAGAACGCGCACUACGCAUGCACCGUGUGCAGCCACGUGUCCAGGUCGCGUGAUGCGCUCAGGAAACACGUGUCCUAUCGCCAUCCGCAGACUGCGGGAGGGGGAGGUGAUGCGGCGAACACCAAUACAAGCGCAGGUAACAGGAGUAGGCAAGCGGCGACGGCUGCGUUGCAACAGCAGCCUUGACCUUUCAAGGUGACCUCUUCAUUUCCAGUUGCAUGCUCCUGGUAUCUCAAGGUGAAGGAUAGUGUUCAGAUCACCUCUUCCUUUAUGAUUCUGUGCUCCUGAUACCUAAAGUAUUUAUUAGGUACCUCCAGUUUCAUGGUUCUGCUCCUGGUACCUUAAGGUAGAGGAGACCACCUCUUCCUUUAUGAUUCUGAGCUCCUGAUAACUAAAAUACUUAUUGGGUACCUCCAGUUUCAUGCUCCUGGUACCUGAAGGUGAAGGAUAUUGUUCAGACCACUUCUUCCUUUAUGAUUCUAUGCUCCUGAUACCGAAGUACUUUGUGUCAAAGUAUCUUUUUCAGUUUCAUGGUCCUGGUACUUAGAGUACUAUUGGUACCAAAGGGGAUACAGGAAGUUUUGAUAUCAUCUCUUCCUCUCUGAUUCUAUGCUUCUUAUACCUAAAACUGCUUUGUGUUAAAAGUAUCAGGUACCUCAUAUUUUCCAGUUUCAUGGUCCUGGCGCCUAAAGUACUAUUGUGCCAAAGUAGAUGCAGGCAAUGUUGAUACUGGCAAUGUUGAAACCACCUCUUCCUUUCUGAUUCUAUGCUCCUGAUACCUAAAACUGCUUUGUGUUGAAAGUAUCAGGUACCUCAUAUUUUCCAGUUUCAUGGUCCUGGUACCUAAAGUACUAUUGUACCAAAGUUCUGAUACCUAAAGUACUAUUAUGCCAAAGGGGAUUCAGGCAGUAUUAAUACCAUCUCUUCCUUUCUUAUUCUCUGCUCCUGAUACAUAAGUAAUUUGUGUUAAAGGAAUUAUAGGUACAGGUGGUCCUGAUCUUUUUCAGUCCUGUUACUUAGGCCUGCUAUUGGCCUAUUAUCCAAUAGACCUACUAUUGUGCCAAAUGUUAUAAAAGGAAGUGUUGAUACCACCUCUUCCUCACUAAUUCUGAGCUCCUUUUAACCAAAGUAUAACUUUGUUUAAUAGAAGUAUAGUUAGUGUUUGUACCAACUCCUCUUCAGUUUUAGGUCAUGAUAUCUGAGGCACUUUUGUCUCAAAUGUAUUGAUCAAAGAGUAUUGAUACCUAUAACUUUCCAGGAUGCAUAGAGUACUUUUGUGCCAAAGAGAAAACGGUUAGUUUUGAUACCUCUUCCCUACCAGUUUCUUGCUCCUGGUACCUAAAGGAUAUUUGUGCCAAACGUAACCUCCUCAUUGCCAGCUGCAUGCUCCAAAUACUUGAAGUACUUUUGUACUUCAAAGGGUAUACCAAUAGUCUUGAUAAUUCUUCCUUUCAAUUUCAUGCUCUUGAUUCUUCCUUGCACAUAUUUUGUUCAGCUUUUCCUGCACUAUCGAAUGUGUAAUAUUUGAUGAACCAGGCCCCUGUUUUACACAGUAAUCACAAAAAUAUUAAGUAACCUCCUACUCUUUUUAAACUCGUAACUCCUGGUAACUUGGCCAGUUUAUGAAUCAAGCUCCUGGUAUGUAAAAGACUAGGACAAAACAGGUAGCAGGAGCAAAGAAUGUUGUUUGUGAUUACCUCCUCCCUUUCGAUUCCUAGAACUUGGUGACAUCAUACUUCCUUUCAACUCCUGGUACUCGUGCACCUUUGUACGGUGCUUUCCCAUUAGCCAAAUUGUGUUAUUGUUAUUAUCGAAUCUAGUUGGUUAAUUGUUGACGAAUUUUAGUGGUACAAAUACGUUGUUGGGCGGUCUGUGUUGGGGUAGAUGAUAGUGAUGUGAUAAUGAAUAUCAAGUUGAUUUGAGAGAAAAUUAUGUGAUUAUAAUGAUAUCAUUUCAAUAUUGAAAGUUCAUUAAAAUCGAAAUGUUAAAUACGGUAUAUUCAUAAAAUGAAUUGAGACGAUAAACGUUUGAGAGAAGACUGUGAUCAAACUUCAAGCUAGUUAUCUGGGAUAAUAGUUGGAAAAUGAUAACACAAACUCUUGAAAGAAAAAAGUGUAUUCUAUCCUAACACAGAUUAUAGAAACAUAAUUAGACAAGUGAGAGUAUUUUGUUUUGAGGUUAGUUGUUGAUUUUUCGUUUUAUUCUAUUAUAUUUAUUGUACAUAAACAAGAGUUAUUAUUUAUUGUUGAUCGGUCGGUUAGUGGAACUGUACCCCACUAAAUAUUUAGAGAAAUUUCUAUAUUUUAGGAAAUGUUGAGUACCUAUGUACAAUGAUUGUUGUACCAUCGUAGGGAAGAAGUUUAGUUGAAUAGUUUUCAUUUGUGACGGAUUUGAGAAAGUUGAAAUUUAUAACAAUUACUGUUACCACAUUACAUUUAAAUAUUACACAUAUCCCAGAACGUAUUAAUACAUUUUGAUACCUAAGAUGUAAUAUAGCUACAUAGAUACAAAGAUCGUUUAUUCAAAAAACUUGAAGUUGCCAUAUAGUAAUAAUAGAUGCAAUGUUUGAAAAUUGGCAUUAAAUCUUAUAAAUUAUGAACUUUUCUUGAUUGAUUUGUAGGCUGUAUGAUAAGAACUUUACUUAUACUACUUUACCUAUACCCUACUUUAUCUAAAAUGUUACCAUAAUAUACAGUAAUUGUACUCCUGACAUUUUUGAAUAUCAUUGGAAUAAUAUAGAUUAAAUUAAAUUCAAAGCAUCAAUUUACAGGGAAUAGCUCUUAUUUUACAUCACUAUUCGAAUGAGGACUAAGUUCUACUUUUCAAUGAAUUUUAGCUCUGCUUCACUGAACCACAAACCGUAGGUUAUAGAUUUUUAUGGGGGUAUUCACACAUUGGUAACUCGUGCUAGUCUGCCUUUGUGUGAAUUCUCCCAUAAGAACUAAUGCUUUUAUCACGGUUUUUGUUUCUUACAAGUAGAAUAGAUGAAAUUCAUUGGAAAUAUGGAUUCAGUGAUAGUGUAUGUCUGAAAUGAAAUGCUGUCCAUUAUCCUUACUGUGGAAAAACUUGGGAAAAUGCUUCUUAUAAAAAUCGAUUUGAGUAGUAUUUUUUAAGUGAAGAUUUGAUGAAUAAAUGAGAAGUUUUGAAUUAUGAUUAUAUCCUCUAAUAAUGGAGAAACAUAUUUUAAAACUUGGGAAAAUGCUUGUUAUAAAAAUCGAUUUGAGUAGUAAUUCUGAAGGAAAGAUUUGAUGAAUGAGGAGUUUUUAAUUAUGAUUAUAUCCUCUAAUAAUGGAGAAACAUUUACAUGAAGUUGACGUGCAAACUAGGUUGAUUUGAUAAUUUAUUCUUCUUAAUUCUAUUCUAAGAGUUUUGAUACUGAAUUU